UCACAACCACAAACAGCGUUUCUCACUUCUGUCUUGGUUGAUUUUUAAUCAUGAAAAUCGGUCUAGUGCUGUUGCUUUUUGUAGACAGUUCAGUAGUUGUAGGUGAGGUUGUGCUGGAUUUUUCCAAAGACUGCCCACAGUUUUUUGCCAAGCCAAAUGGACAAGUUUCUCCUCCGACUGUAUUUCCAGGGAAUCAGUACAGGCAGAUUUGUCAGAGACAAGCUAAUCAGAAGAUGUCUGAAUUUGCAACACUUUAUGACACAGCGAACAGAAUUCCAGUGUACUCGGCGUAUGAGUACGUAGGUCGUGCUCCAUGUAACAGAAUGGAUGUGUGGUACAUUGAACCUCAGCUUGACGAUCAGAACAAGGGUCCUGACAUGCAAUCUGACACCAGCAGCACACUCCCCAAACCUCCUAGAGGAAACAACCAAGCCCUGAAUGAAGAUUACGUGAACAGUGGCUAUGAUAAGGGUCAUCUGUACUCGGUCUUCCACACAAACAAACAGAGCUGUGCUGACUCCACCUUCACCCUCACCAACGCCGCCCCCCAAAACCCCCCUUUUAACCGGGGCCAGUGGAGAAAGAUGGAGAGUGAUGUAGUGGAAAUCUUCAGAUCCAAGUGCUCUCAGAAUAGAGCCUAUGUGGUCACUGGUGUGGUACCAAGCACUGGCAACACAAAGAUCCUCGUUAAGAACAGAGUGAACGUACCCAGCCACUUCUGGAGCGCUUACUGUUGCCUUGACAACAACAACCAGAGCAUCAGUUCUGGAGGCUAUCUUGCCCCCAACAGCAACCAGAUGCCCACCAAUGUGACUGUAAAUAUCCUGGAACAACGGCUGACUAAACUUUAUGCCAUUAACUUUGUUUUGUUUGGUGGGAUGUGCUGAAGAAACUCUGAAACUCCUGAGUUUGGCUGUUCACAGCAUUAGUUUAGCAUUUAUAGAGCCUGGAUUAGCUCAACAAUGCUACAUGAGACAUCAGGUCCUGUAGUACUGAUAUUUCCUCUUUAAUGUCUCAGAGAGUUUACAUGCCAUUUUCCUUCCUUAGUUAUACAGAAACAAAAGUUUUUGAAAAAUUUAAAAAACAAGUGAUUUAAAAUUUUAUGUCAAGUUAAAAUUUUGCUAACCCUUUCUCUACACACUGAUGACAAAAUAAAUAAACGCUCUGAC